AUGGACGCAUUAAAAUGUGUAACUUUACUGCUGUUGUAUUUUAUACCGCAGCUAGUGUUUGGCGAGGUGUAUGUUGCGGUGUCCAUUAAAUCGUACGAGAACCCUAACAACCGUGUUGAACUUGGAAGAGGGAUUUCUCAUUCUGUCAUCUGCUGCCACCGGGAAUCAGGCCCUAAUUGUACCACUGCGUGUACACCAUUUGUCCGCAUCUGUCUGUACGAAACCACCAACAAAAGAUGUGUUGGAGAACAAAUUAGUAGUCCUUUAAAUCAAACCCAGAACAUGACGUUCACGGAUAAAAUUGGAAAUUUGACGAACCCUAUCAUCCUCAAAAUACCAAACUGGUCGGCAAAGGAUCACUAUAACAUUCAGGUUAAAUUCUACGACAUCGGUUCAACGUUCGAAACCAUAUUUUAUAAUGAACAACAUAUCACGUCAAGUCCAGCAGACAGCGCGGGUGAGGCAGUGGAAUAUAUAAGUAAUCUCCCAUACAAACCGACUGGCGCUAGGGUGGAGACUUCAUACCGUCUCUACAAGUGUAGUUCAUCGCCGGACGGUCACAUAGAGUGUGACGCAAAAGGUAAUACCGUAUGUGCUCCGGAUUUCUACGGAUCAUCUUGCAGCAUUCACUGCAAGGUCGCUGUUGGUCAAAAUUUUCAAUGCGACAAGAACGGCACAAAAGUUUGCAAAGAAAACUAUUUUGGUGAUAAUUGUACGAUUCUUUGUGUUUCGCCACGUCAUGGGGUAUGUGACGUCAACGGUACGAUUCACUGCAAUCCAAAUUAUUUUGGAGAGAAAUGUGACGUCUUCUGUUUGACACCAGCAAAUGGAACCGGACAUUGUGAUUCAAACGGCACUCUGAUAUGUCACCCAGGAUGGACUGGAAUAAACUGUUCAACAGUUCAAAAACUUUGUGAGCAUGGCGUGUCAGUACAAGAUAAAUACAGUUCCAGGGGUUAUAAAUGCUACUGUGAGUCUGGAUGGACCGGUCCUCGGUGCUCUGUCGAUAUCAACGAAUGCAACGAUACAUCGAUGUGUGUUCACAACGAUCAAUGCGAUAAUCGUCCAGGCGGAUAUCUGUGCAUUUGUUCUCCUGGCUGGGAGGGUCAAAGAUGUGAUACAGACAUAGAUGAAUGCAAACAAAAUCAGUGCAUUCGAGGAAACUGUUCAAACACGCCCGGUAACUUCAGCUGCCUUUGCGACCAUGGUUGGAUUGGUGAUAUGUGUGAAAAAGAAUUGAAUGAAUGUAACUCAAGCCCUUGCAAAAAUAAUGGAACCUGUCAUGAUAUGGAUGGAUACUAUAACUGCACAUGCCCAGUUGGAAUAACCGGAAAUAACUGUGAAACCGACAUUGAUGAAUGUGCAUCAGUUGUGUGCCACAAUAACGGAACCUGUCAAGACGGUUUAAAUAAUUUUACUUGCCUUUGUAAAGCAGGAUAUUCCGGACGCUUGUGUGCGCAAGAAAUAGAUGAGUGUGCCAGUUCACCUUGUAAAAAUAAUGCCUCUUGUGUGAAUGGAAUAAAUAGUUUUUCUUGCCAGUGUCUUCCAGGAUGGAAUGGCACUUUGUGUGAUGUUGAUAUUGAUGAAUGUGCAUUGAACUCUUGUCAGAAUAAUGCGACAUGCAACAAUGGAGUUGGUUUUUACACAUGCUCUUGUGCAAGUGGAUUUUACGGUAAAAACUGUGAAACUGAUGUAAACGAAUGCACAAGCAAUCCGUGCAUGCAUGGUGGAACCUGUAGAAAUGUAAAGGGUGGUUUUAAGUGUGACUGUCCUCCUAGUCACAUUGGCGACAAGUGCCAAUAUCAGAACUUUUGUAAAUACGACCCUUGUAAAAACAAUGCCACUUGCAUCAACAACAAAACUGAAUUUACAUGCCAAUGUACCGAGGGAUGGAAAGGGUUCGACUGUAACACCGAUAUAGACGAAUGUCAAGCCAAUCCGUGUGUUCACGGUAACUGUUCUAAUACUCAAGGUAGUUACGUCUGUCAUUGUCAGUCUGGAUGGACAUCAUCUGUAUGUGAUCAAGACAUUGAUGAAUGUAAGAAUGAUCCUUGCCAAUACAACUCAACAUGCAUCAAUAUGAACGGUACAUUUGAAUGUCAUUGCGCUAAAGGUUAUACCGGUGAAAACUGUAGUAUAGACAUCGAUGAUUGUCAAAAUGUCACGUGCCAAAACAACGCAACCUGUUUGGAUCUUCUAGAUGACUUUGCUUGCAAUUGUUCCCUAGGAUUUGAGGGUCGAUUUUGUGAGAAUGAAACGAAUGAAUGCAGUAGCAAUCCUUGUCAGAAUGGUAACUGCUCAGAUUUAAUUGGAGCUUAUUCAUGUUUGUGUUUACCAGGGUGGGAAGGUGACAAGUGUCAAAUUGAUAUCAACGAAUGUCGUUAUGUAAAUUGCUCAAAUAAUGGGACUUGCGAAAAUUCAAUAGGUAGUUACCAUUGCAACUGCACCGCUGGGUUUUCUGGUGUUCACUGUGAAACAAACAUUGAUGAAUGUGCAUCCAAUCCGUGUCAACACAGUGGUACAUGCCAAGACAUGGUAGAUGAUUUCUGGUGUAACUGUGAUAGUAGAUACACGGGUAAAAUGUGUGAGUACGAAGACUUCUGCAAAUAUCAUCCCUGUAGAAACAAUGGUACCUGUGAACAAAAAGGCAACGAGUUCACAUGUAAAUGCCCAUCUACGUGGUCAGGUCUUGCAUGCGAAAAUGACAUCGAUGAAUGUGCUAACGGGUCCAAUACGUGCAGUGCAGGAGAUCUAUGUAUUAACAUACUAGGAGGUUUUGACUGCUUAUCAUGCACACAGUCGACUUGUCAUCAUGGAAACUGUUCGAUUAAUACUAAUACAUCUGAUAUAUUGUGUAGUUGUGAGCCAGGAUAUGCAGGAGAAAAAUGUGAUCAAAUAGACAACUGUACGCCUUAUCCUUGUACGCAUGGGUACCGCUGUACCAAUGAAGAUGAUGGUUUCCGUUGUCACGAUCCCUGUAAGUCGUCACCAUGUGGUAACAAUGGAACGUGUACCGCGGUCAACGGAACUUACAACUGUAAUUGCUCUACAGGUUUUAUGGGAAGAAACUGUCAACAAAAGAAUUACUGUGCUAAUAUUACAUGUCAGAAUAACGGGACCUGCAGCAACAAUCUCAGUGGUUUUAAGUGCACUUGUCCACAAACCUUCACUGGCAAACUUUGUGAUAAGUUUGAUUACUGUGUAUCAAGUCCGUGCCUGAACAACGGAACGUGUUCUAUAAGUACCACAGGAUCUGUGGGAUCCCAGAAUUACACGUGUUCGUGUUCGUUUGGAUUUACUGGUCCAGAUUGUAAUCAGACUGAUUAUUGUGCUCCCGAUCCAUGCAUUCACGGCAACUGCUCAAUUUCCAACAAUACUUAUGAAUGUAAAUGUAAUUCUGGUUGGCUAGGGACAGAUUGCGAUCUGGAAGAUUUCUGUCUUCAGAAACCAUGCGAAAAUAAUGGAACAUGUGCAAAUAAUAAUCAAACAUUCACGUGCAAUUGUGCGGAUGGAUGGAUCGGACAUAAUUGCACGGAGAAUGAUCCGUGUUUUCCUCAAAAGUGUUUUAAUGGAGGCACAUGUAUUGUAUACAAAAAAGGCUUAUUCUAUUGUUCAUGUGCUCAAGGAUACGCUGGGCACAACUGCUCAGAAGAUGUAGAUGAGUGUCAAAGCCAAACAUUAAAUAAUUGUCCCCCCUUUUUGACCUGUGUCAAUGUUCCAGGACAUUACAAUUGUGUACCUCACAACGGUCAUCCCAGAUCAUUGAUUGGCAGUAUAGGUGGUUCAUACAAGAGCAAAAUAAGGAAACUAUUGGUUGACAGUAAUUUUGAAGAGUUUGUGACUGGUUUGAAACAGGAGCUUGUCAACCGUAACAUUUGUGCACAGGAAGCGGAAGUUGAUAUAUCUGUAUUGCAGAUUGAACAGGAUUUAAUUCUUAACCAAUCUGUUGUGGAAAUGAGAGCACUCUGCAGAGGGAAGAUUAUUUCACAAGAAGAUCUGAUGCUAGCUCUGUCAAGUUUAGGCUUGGUGUAG